CACACACACACUUACACACACUGCCGUCCUCCUCCUCUACCUCUUUCAGCAAGUUUCUCCCUCUCUUCGCAGGUGUAACGAAGAUCCUGACCUUACAUAUUUCUUUCCUCAAACACACCCUUUCCCACUAAAUACUAAAUACCUAAACAUGAACAAAGACUGAAGUAUUGUGCUGUUCAGUAUCUGCUUAGUAGAUUCUAAUCCAAUCCAGGAUGAACUUUGAUGAGGUUCUGGCUCGGAUCGGAGGCUUCGGCCGCUUCCAGAAGAUUUUGUAUGUGUGGAUCUGCCUCCCUCAGAUCUUCCUGGCCUUCCACAUGCUGGUGUCGGUUUUUACUGGAGCUGUGCCACCUCACCUGUGCCGAGACACGAAAACACACACUCACAACUUCAACUUCACCCUCAGCCAGAGUGCCAGCGAGGCUUGCGGUAGUACACACACCAACAGCAGCCUUAGCACACACACCACCACGGCCUGCAGAGACGGCUGGGAGUUCAGCAAGGACGUGUUCCUCAGCACCGUUGUCACUGAGUUUGAUCUAGUGUGUGACAGUGCCACUCUGAACAACAUCGGAUCAUCUAUCUACAUGUUUGGGCUGCUGGUUGGUGCUGUGGUGUUUGGUGUACUAGCUGACCGGUACGGUCGCAGGAUCAUUAUUCUGGUGGGUCUGGCUUUGCAGGCUAUGUUUGGUGUCGGUGCUGCGUUUGCUCCCAACUUCUUCAUCUAUGUGUUACUGCGGUUUGUGGUGGGAACCACUGUAUCAGGAAUCAUCAUGAACGCAUUUGUACUAGGUACUGAAUGGACAGGUCCUAAACACCGGAUGUUGGCAGGAAUUAUAACAGACUAUUUCUUCGGCGUGGGCUACAUCCUGCUGGCUGGAGUGGCGUAUCUUAUACGGGACUGGCGUAAACUCCAGCUUGCCAUAUCUGCCCCUGGUUUCAUCUUCAUCUUCUACAUCUGGGUGCUCCCAAAGUCAGCUCGCUGGCUGAUGGCGAAUGGGAAGCAGGAGGAGGCGAUGGAUCUGAUCUGUAAAGCUGCACUCAUCAAUAAAAAGCCUCUGAAAGGCAACGACAUGGAGUUUCAGCUGAACAACUGUAAAGUUGAGCAAAAACUACAGAGGAAACACACAGUGGUGGAUCUGGUGCGGACGCCACAGAUGAGGAAACAGUCACUAAUCCUCUUCUAUCUCUGGUUUGUAAACGUGCUGGUCUACUACGGUCUGUCUCUAAAUGUUUCUGACUUUGGAAUGAACAUCUACUUAACCCAGCUGAUCUUUGGGCUGGUGGAGAUGCCAGCACGUACCAUCACACUCUUUACCCUAAACCGCUCUCGCAGGAUCUCUCAGCUUUCUUUCCUUGCUGUGGGGGGGCUUGCUUGCCUCCUCACCAUCUUCAUCCCCCAAAAUCUACCAGUGGUCCGAACCAUCCUGGCCAUGUUGGGAAAGUUUGGUAUUACAGCCUCGCUGUCCAUUGUCUACGUUUAUUCAGCAGAGGUGUUUCCCACUGUCGUCAGGCAGAACGGCAUCGGCAUGGGCUCUAUGUGUGCUCGUGCAGGUGGGGUGAUUGCACCCAUAAUCUACCUCCUCAGACGCAUCAGUCUGCACGCUCCUAUGGUGGUGUUUGGCCUGUGUCCACUAGUGGGUGCUCUACUGACCAUUCUACUGCCUGAGACGGCCCACAAACCCCUGCCAGACACCAUUGAGGAUGUGGAAGGGACCAGUAACAAGGCAGAAACACAGAUCUCGGAUGGCAUCAUCUAACCGAGAUUAGAACCAGUGGGGUGUUUGUUCUGAAGGACAAUUGAGAAGGACAUUUUUUUAACCUCAACAACCACAUGCACACACUUAGGCCAGAAAUGUAUGUAUGUGAAAGCAAUACAUAACACAACGCAAGCUACAUGCUGAGUAUUUCCAAAAGAGGCACCACAUCUACAGUCAAGGGCUUUAAAGUUUCAGGACAUGCAUGAAGGAGUCCUUAUUGAAUGGGGCUGAACAGAGCAAAAUGGCUUAAACGGUAAUAAAAUGUGAUAUAGUUCUAGUCUCUUCUAGUCUUUCUUUUUGGAAAGAAGAAUAAUGUAUUACCGAAAAUUACCCCUGAAUACCAGGACAUUUCUAUAUCAAACAGCUAAUGUAACUGCUACUGAAUGCUAGAUAUCAUUAUGACUACUGAGUAUUGGUGAGCUGAGCUGCUCAUUUGCUGUUGGUGAAGAAGAACUCUGGUUGGACUUUGGGUUUAUUAAAACAUGAUUAAAAAGUUCUUAACACUUUCUUGCAGCUUUCUGAGAUCCAGUAUUUUGUGCACUUUGCCCAAACAAGCUGAUAUGGGGCAUAUUUGCCCCUGCAGAUAAAUUGCUUUUUCCACAUUAAACACGUUUAAAACGAGGCAUUUAUAACUUUAAAACUACACAAGAAGUUUAUCCCAUAUCAUAUGGAAAUUUCUGGCUGUCGCCAAACCUAAAUGUAAGUCACAAUAAGUCAACCGUCGAGCACAAAUAGUAAAACAAUGUUCAUGUAAUUUGUUGUUGGUUCUUUGCAUUCUAAUAUUGACAGUAAUCAGAUAUUUUCAGCAACAGUUGGAAAUUAAUGCAUUUUCAAGAACUAUCCUACCUAUUCUUUUGUGACUUACAGUUGACUUAUUGUGACUUAAAUUUAAAAUAGUGGGACGUGGAGAUUUACCUAUACUAUGGGUUUUACACGGUGGAUUUUAAUUAAAUUUUGAUUAAUUUUUUUUAUUUUUAUUUAAUUUAAAUAAAAUUCCUGUGCAGUUUUAAAGUUCUAGAUGCCUCGGUUUAAAUUUCAGGGCUCUCUGGAUUCUACCAAUGUAGUGUGGAGCUACUUUGAGCCUAAAUUACAGUGUAAAAAAGCUAUUUAUCUGCAGGGGCAAAAUAUGCUCCGUCUCACUCAUUUUAAAAUGCACAAAAUACUGGAUCUCAGAAAGCUGCGCAAGAGUACACCCAUUUUAGUACACCCAAAAUUUCACACUGGAGUUCUCCUUUAAAAUUGUUCUAAAAUCUGACAGCAGAGCUGAAAUGUUUGAUGCUGUUUAGUUUUGGAGAAUCAAGAUCGGUUUCUUCCUAUAGAAAAAAUAAUUGUUUUUAAAAAAAAAAAAUUAAAAGCUCCACAUAAACACAUUCAUUCAGGACUCAGUCAGGAGUGUCCUCUAGUGGCUGACCAAACUAGAUGUUCUCAGUCCUCGCCCCUGCAUUCCAAUAGAAUUACAGAUAAAGCAAUUUAAAAAGUAUUCUCUCCUGUAUUCUCUGUAUGUAACUGUUGUUGGUUUUGCAGUGAUCCUCAAGCGACCACUUGUGUACUGUAUUAAUUGUGACAGAAACAUAAGAAUGCAUACUGAGUUUGUACAGAAGAGCCGGGCAUUUGCUGAAUGUCAUCCUUUACGUUUGCAUACUUGCACUGAGUAUGUUUUGGGCCUCACACUUAAUUUCAAAGAGCCCAUAUCCUACAAGUCUCUUGUUUUUCCACAUAAUUUUCUGUUCUGACUGAAGAUCAUGUAUUCUGUUUCAUUGAGAAAUCAGUCUAGGCUGAAACACUCCUUAUAGCUUCAGAGUGAAUGGGCAGAGCUGAACUGCUAUAUGUACAGUGUAUAGAAAUAAAUGUAAACAAGUUACAGACAGAGGAGUAAAACUAGCAAUGUUUACACACUACACCAAAUAUUCCAAGAAUAUUUGGUUUUACCUGAUAUUAGCCUUUUAACGUUUACUGCAGUUCUGACAGAUGUUUAAAGCAGCUUUGCAGACAGUGUGAGUGUGUGUGGACUUUUACUUUUACAGAGCUCUCCUCACUGACCAAGACUAAGUUUACCAGCAUCUGUGUUUUAACCGAGCACAUAGUGUUGUUUUUAUAUUCACAUUUUUCAGAUGAUCUUUCGUCAGAGCAGUCUCACGCAAUCUCAUGCAAAUGACAAAAUGUGUAAAUUCAGUUAUUAGAAACCUUCAGUGUUUAUAAAGAUGUAAAAAAGAUGUAAUUGGACAAUGUUGUUAAUAAUGUCAACAUGUAAAUGUGUAAAUAAUGCACUUUAUGCUCUGUGUAUACUGUAUACAGUCAGAUCUGAUCUGAAAGACUUUGACUGUAGCACAAUUUGUGUAUAUUUUCUUUUGUUUGUUUUCUUUGGUUUUAAAUCAAGAAGUUUCAUUGAAAUAUUGCAUUGAUUAUUUAGGAAGCUAGUAUUUUUAUAGUGCAUUAUAGUGCAUCUGUUUUACAUGCCAAUAUUAAAUGCACUUGGAUCUGAUUAUAAACAUGUAGGCAAAUCUUUGCAAUCUAUAUGUUCAACAAUUCUGUAAGCAAUGGACACCCAAUGCUUCCUCUGCAGAGAUGCGUGGUCAGUCUUACUGCAGCUGCCUUUAGCUGUAGUUUAUGUGAGUUCAGUUCUCAGUGAUAUGGGCCUUUUACAGUAUAUCAGUUUACAGCUGUCUGCUGCCCCCUGCUGGAGAAGAGCGUCUUACUACACCUCUGCUUCAGUACAGGUGCAGCACAGCCAUCAGGAUUUCACCUGCAGUCAGUGUUUCACAUUCAUGUUACACAUUACGUUUUUUAUCAUCAGUCUGUAUAAACAGCAUUGGUCUUAUUCCAGUAUCUGGUAUCUGUGAACUUUAAUAUUUUCUGCAGUGAUAUAUUUGUACAAUAAAAUGCUGCCUUUUUACUGA